CUUGGACGGACCGCCGGACCAAGAGUCGAUCGGCCGCAUGGACUUUCAGCCAUGUGCUGCAUCGCACCACUGCACUGCCUACUGCAAGCAAGUCAUCGGUGAUCAACUGGGGACUUUGAUCCGAUUGAUUCCCAUGGAAGCGGCCCCAGCAACGCAGCCCUGUGACCCAGUCGUUGCGCCCCCUUGCGCCCGGCUAGUUGCAGCGGCCUACGCAGUACUCAGCACGCAGUACGCACUCCUACUGUACAAGGAUCCUUCGUCGGCCGGUUGAUGCUCCCUGUGGUCAGCAGUCGCCCGGCCAGACUGGAUUUGUGAUUUAUGCUUUCAACCUUCAAUGCAGGCGUUGGUGUGGUUGCGUCCACCGAGCCCAUGCGAAAGCCUUACUCUGGUGCGAUGUGAUGGGUUGUGCACACUUUCGCCUCGUUUUGGGGGCUCCGGGAGACAUCCGGUGCAAUCGGGUUGCCGUCUUGAUGGAUUUGCUUUUUUCUUUUUUUCACAACUGUUUAUUCUAAUGCAUCCGGGCAGCUCGUACAAUGUGCUGCCUAGCCGUCCCGUGUCUGCCGCCAUCGCAAGCCUUGUUGUCUCACCUGCGGGCGCUGCCGCUCUGCUGACCUCUGUCCUCCCACAUUGACAACGCGAAUCCGAUGCUCUGUGUCUGUGUCAUGUUUAUUCUGCCUGCCUGUCUCACAUCGCACGUCCCGAUCCGCGACAAUCAGUCAAGAAAGGCCCCGGCUGAAGUCGUAUUAACAGUGCCAAUCGGGUGGGCUGUGCUUGUACUUUGGGGUUGCACACGGACGAGGUUCCCCCGGAUCGACACUUAUCGUUUCAACCUGUUUUACCCUCUCAAAGAGUCACGGUGUCGGCUUGAAAGUGCAACUAUGAUAAAUCUCGGCAGUGCCAAGUUGCGUAGUCUUGCCGCUUAUCCACAUACUCAAUAAUGCCAAGGCAAAGUGUUGAAAGACA